CCGCCAUAUUCAAUAUUAGCCGGGGUGGAGCUCAUGGGCGGCCCCUGCCGAAUCGCAGAGCCUGGCAAGCCUCAUACGCGAGCACCGCCUUGCACAGACAAUUUCCAGGUGAGGAAGUUCAUGUUCGAUGGCCGUGAAUGGGAAUCAGUGGAGCAAUGCUACCAAGCAAUGAAGUUCAAUGACCGAUCGAUCCAAGAAAAACUGCGGUCAAUAAAAAAGAAAGAAGGUGACAAAGAUUCAAAGCAUGGGAUGGACGUUUGGAACGAAGGACAGCGCUACAAAAGCGUCCGGAAAGACUGGGACGCUGUGAAGGUGGAGAUGAUGUAUCGGGCGAAUUUGGCCAAGUACAUGCAGCAUCGUGACUUACAAGAGGAGCUCUUGUCGACAGGCCAUGUGGAGAUGGUUGGUGCUCCGAGCACUGGUUGGAAGUUGAAGUCCGGGGCAACAGUAAAUUGGAGCUUUUGGAAUGGCAGAAUCCAAAUGAGAAUCCGAGAAGAACUUCGACCAGAAGGUGAGCAGAAGCAAGACCUCGUGGAUUCUUUGGUCAAAGAGUUUGAGGCUGCUGGAGUUGGAAGCUGCUGUGCAGGUUUUGUUUGGGUGUGCUGCUCAAUGCUGCAACAGUUUGGCGCAGCUGCACGCUAGGAGUACAUCUAUGGUGAAGGGGGGGUACAGGAGCCGCUGCCGCAAAUGGAAGGCCCAAAGGGAACCUUGGAAGCGGACCAAGAAGAGCCCUCCAAAAUGGCUGGGUGAUGCCCAGCUGAGCAUAGCAUGCGGACGCGUGAAGUUUCCAAGAAACUGUUAGAUUGUGUUAUUUCCGCGAAUUGCUGUGAACAUGUGCGAGACAAA